GAAGCAAACAAAGUAGCAAGAGCGCGGACAACAACAGCCAGAGCAGCAGCAAUGGCUAGCGGUACCAGCUCUGCCGCGUCAUCGUCUGCGUCCUCGUCAGGGACUAGUGGGAAUCAGUUGGGAAUGCCACUGAGUUCCACGAGUUCCUUGGGCACUUCCGGUUCAACAGGGUCUAGACAGUCUUCUAGUCAAAUGGCGGGCUCGCAGUUCAGCCCGUUGACCCCACGUGAGAGGGAGCUCAGAGAGAUCCAGCAGGUCGAGAGGCUCCGCCAGCAGUUAGAGGAGGAUCUGAAGAAAGCAACCGAUAGAGAAAGAGAGAUAAAAAGUAAAGCGGCCAGACUUGAUACGUUAGAGGCUGACAAGACUGCGUUAGAGGGAUUGGACGGAACAGGUUUGUCUGACCCCCUGAAAGUGUUGAAGAACAACAUGUUGUCACUGCAUGCGCACGUAGACAGCAGGUUGGACUUCAUGCAGAGCACUUUGGACCAGAUCCUGGAUGCAUUGACAAAGCGAGGAUUCCGGCCACCAACACAAUCGCCGUUGCCGUUAUCGGCGAUGUCAGGCCCCUUUCCAGUUCAAGUUGGUACCCAGCCUAGUGGUACGUCUGCAGCAGUCUCACAGACUGUUGCAUCUUCUUCUUCGGGUCCAACGGUGGUUGCUACACCACCGCAACAACCUGUCUCUCAACAGGGACAACAGCAAGGUCAAUGGUACCCCAAGACCCCAAUGAAACCGCCUCUUGCCUUCUCAGGCGAGAGGAAGGACGAGGAACUCAACACAUGGUUGAGGACGGUUUCGGUUUGGGUGAAGGCCAAAAGGACCUUGCCAGACGAUGAAGUGGUAACCGCGGCAUCUUACCUAGAGGAUAAGGCAGCCAAAUGGUUAGAUGGGGUAGUUGUGAAAGCUGGGUACGGGCGACGCAUGGCGGACUGGGCCAAGUCUUUGACUCUAGACCAGUUCAUGGAGAUGGUAGAAGCUCGAUGGCAUAACCCACAGGAGGCGCAAAGGGCCACUGAUGCCAUAAAUAAACUAGACCAGUGCAAGUUUCGGUCAGUUAGAGAGCUUACGACUACCAUUGAGAGCCUGAUCCUUGUCCCGGGCAUCAACUACAGUGACCAGUUCCUGUUAACUACUUUCAUUAGAUGUCUUCCAGAGAACAUCAGGAACUUACUAGCCAGUGAGGCACUCACCGAGUAUCACUCAUUUGAGACAUUGUCUAGGAAGRCUUUAGAUUUGGAGGCCACGCUAGGCAAUGCUCAACCCACCUCAGGAAAUGACUCAAAGAAGAAGAAGAGUCCUCAGGAGUGGAAGAAGAAGGRGGYGAAGUUGAUGAUGGUGGAGUCUGAUGGGACUCAAACAGAGAUCGACGAGCUCUCUGACCUGGUGGACUACACAGAGUUUGACGACGAGGAGAUAGCUGAGGGUAGCACCCUCGCCGCAGUAGUAAAGACUAAGGACCGGGUACGGCACCUUAGUAGACCAGUAGCAUCUACUUUGGCCAACAAAGAGCGCAUGAUUGUCACAGACUACAUCAAGGACGUGGUCUGUACCUUCUCCUAUGGAGGAGAUAAGUUUGUCGUGGUCUACCUAGACGACAUUCUGAUCUUUAGUAAGUCUGCCGAGGAGCAUGCACAGCAUGUUGAGACGGUACUUUCACUCCUUCGACAGCACAAGUAUAAGGUCAACUUAGAGAAGUGUGAAUUCGGUCGCACUAAGAUACUAUACUUGGGUCAUGAAGUAUCCGCGGAGGGAAUUAGGCUGGAAGAUGCGAAGGUGGCUAGUAUUCGAGACUGGCCACGACCUCAGACAGUCACUGAGGUCAGAUCUUUCUUAGGACUGUGCGGCUACUAUAGGAACUUCGUAAAGAACUAUUUUACAGUCGCCUCUCCUUUGACAGAUCUAACUCGACUUGACACGCCGUGGGACUGGAGUGAUGAGUUCGAAGGUGCUUUCAAGCAAUUGAAGCAUGCACUCAUGAAUCAUGAAGUUCUCAUGGUUCCCGAUCCGCAGAAGCCGUUCAUAGUAACCACUGACGCAAGCCAAUGCGGCAUUGGCGCAGUGUUGGCUCAGCAGGAUGGGAAAAAGUUGAGACCGAUUGAGUACAUGAGUAAGAAGAUGCCAUCGAAAAAGUUGGCUAAGUCCACCUACGAAAGGGAACUCUAUGCUCUCUACAAUGCACUUGUCCAUUGGAGACACUUCCUUUUGGGAAGGUUCUUCUAUCUGAGGACUGAUCAUCAGACCCUCAAAUGGAUCAAGACUCAACCGGCUCUUUCUGAUGCACUCAAGCGAUGGAUUGAGGUCAUAGACCAAUAUGACUUCAAGCUUGAGUACCUGAAUGGAGAGUACAACAAGGUUGCAGACGCGCUAUCCCGUAGAGCAGACUACCUAGGUGCGCUAGUUUCUGACUUUGGCGUAUCUAAAGAAGUAACUCAAUCAUUGGUGGGAGCCUAUCAGGAAGACCUUGUCACAAUGGACAUCAUCCGCAAACUUCAGGCAAAAGACAAGGCCACAAAAAGUGAGUUUGUGAUGGUGGAUGGGCUAAUCUAUCUUGAUAAGGCCGGAGUAAAGAGAUUGGUAGUUCCAUCUAGUGAACAGUUGCGUAGUUUAUUUUUAGGCGAAUGUCAUGACGCAACUGGGCACUUUGGCCACAAGAAGACGAGUGCUAACUUAGUACAGCGAUUUUGGUGGCCCAGAAUGUUGGAUGACGCAAAGAAGUAUGUUGAGACCUGUCAGGUCUGCCAGCGGGACAAGCCGCGAACUCAAGCACAGCUUGGGUUAUUGAAGCCUUUACCUAUCCCUGAUGGUCUAGGAUUGAGUGUUUCCAUGGAUUUCAAGGACACUCUUGUGACCAGCAAGAGUGGUAAGAGGCACAUUUUCGUCAUCAUUGACCGAUUCACCAAGUACGCUAGACUAAUACCAAUGUCAGAGACAGCCAAGACAUAAUACGUCAUCAAGUUGUUCAAGGACAACUGGGUAAGGGACUUUGGUUUACCAAAGACCAUCAUUAGUGACCGAGACGUCCGAUUCACAAGUGAGC